CUCUGAAGUUGCCUUUCGAAGGACCCAAGUACUGGAAAAUCUGAAGGAGACCGGAAUCUCGGCGGCCUCUGAAGACGCUCCGUCUACCCCAUCUUCCAACAUGACUUUCCUCUCCGUUUUACCUGACGAACCAUCACCUUGGGCAGACAUGAGAACAUCGACAUGAAAAUAUUAAUGUAUGUACGUAGAUGAACAUGGCACGUGCUGUACUAGUAGUGCUACCGUAGAGUUACCUGCACAAUUAAUACCCGUCUUGCACUCUUAGAUGUCAACGGCCAAAGCAGCUGUGCAACGCCGAACAGGUGACUCGGUUGUGCCAACGCGCCCUGCGACAGCGCAGAUCACCCUUGAGGAAUGGGAAGCUAAGGCACCUCUGAGUGACCUGGCUCUCAGGAGCGUUGCAGCAGUUCAGGCAGCCAGUGAGCAGCCACCCCUUCCUUUGAAAUCUAGCAUCGCAGACGCAGAAACCUCGCGCCCUUCUACCCCCAGUCUCCGACAUGCGGCCAAGCUCGGCUCACGUCCCUCCACCCCUCUUCCUGCAGCUACGCGAGCACUUACUUCUCAUGCGCUGGAUCCAAAACAACCAAUUCAGACGCCACAGCAGUUCUAUGAUUGGUUUGCGCAGAUCGAUCGUUCAGUUACUCACGGCCAGGAAGCACACUUCCGCGCGCACGUAGCCAUGGUGGCUGGGCAUCUGGACACCGCAGGCAUGCUCCUUGAACGCAUCGAUGAGGUCGAGCAGGACGUGGAUAGGAUGCUGGAGGGGUGGAGAACCGUCGAGCAAAGUGGGAGAAACAUCAAAGGCGCCUGCGAACGGCUUCUGCAGGAGAGAGACGGACUACUGGAACUUACGGACGAGAUAGAUGCGCGUUUGGAAUACUUCCAAGAGCUGGAACAUGCAACCCGCGUGCUCAAUAACCCUGGGGAAUCUCUUGUUCUGCAGACGGACUUUUUAUACAUGGUCGAGCGUAUUGACAUAUGCAUUGAGUAUCUCAAAGAUCACCGAUAUUACAAAGAAGCUGAAGUGUACUUGCUUCGCUUUCAACAGUGCAUGACUCGUGCCAUGACACUCAUCAAAAUGUUCUUUGUCGCUUCCUUGAGGGCUCUUGCAUCGGAUGUCUCUAAGCGCUUGUCCGAAAAGGACGUGUCCGCAACUGCCCAGAUGCAUCUGCUGUACACACGAUUUCGAAGUGUUACUCCCCAGUUAACUCCUUUGCUCGGCGAACUGGAACGCCGCGGAGCUGCCCACCCAGAGGAGCUUUCUGCUCUACUCUUAGAGUGUCACUCGGCGUACUUCAGUGUCCGUAAGAGUCUUCUGGUCGGGCGGCUCACGGAGGAGAUAAAAGGGCUUGAUCCAGCUCGUACUGAGCUGGUAGAACUGACCAACGCAGGAUGUGCAUAUUUAAGGCAGCUGUGCACGGAUGAAUUUCUUCUUUUCCGCGAGUUUUUUGACUCGGGAGAAGAGCAGCUAUAUGCCUAUUUGGAGAGCCUCUGCGACUAUCUAUACGAUGACCUAAGGCCGCGUAUUUUGCAUGAAACGAGGUUAACGACCCUUUGCGAAGUUUGCACAGUGUUGCAAGCCCUUACGGUACUGGACGUUGCUGAGCUUCCAGAUGAACCACCAGACGAACUUUCAAUUGAUUCAGAGCAUUCGAAGCCACAUGGACUUGGGAAGUUGCAUAUUAGUCGUUUGCUUCAGAUGGUUUUGCAAGAUGCGCAAACCCGAUUAUUCUUUAAGGCGCAAGCCGUGAUACAGACCGACAUUCGAAAUUAUAUACCCAAACAGGAGGACUUGGCUUACCCGGAUAAACUCAUAGAGGUGAGAAGGCCGGAAUCUCAAUUCGGCAUCAAAGAAAAGGAGGUCGUCAGUCGACUGUUCCAGUUGCCUUCACUAGACAAAAAGGAGACAUGGUACCCUACGCUACAAAAGACCGUUUGGGUCUUGUCCCAACUUCAUGACUAUGUUAAGCCUGCUAUCUUCGAAGACAUUGCACAGGAAGCCAUUGGUCUAUGUCGACAAUCACUGAUAUCUUCUAGUAGUAUCCUAUCCCAGCGCAAUGCAUCAGCAGGUCCACUAGAUGGAGAGCUAUUCCUGGUGCGACAUCUGCUGAUCCUCAAAGAGGUGGCAAAUACCUUGACCGUUGCUAGUAAGGAUGAUCAGGGUCGAAAAGAUCUUGGCGAUAUGAAUGAUACCGUGACAUCUAUCUUGAACAAGACCACUGCGCUGCUGCCGGAGGCUUUAUUCGCAACUCUUGGUAUGCCGCGUGGACCUGAGAAGAUACGCGAUACAAGACAUGACAUCGACCAGGAUCUCAAACGAGCAUGCCAAAACGUGAUCUCACUGUGUUCGAAGCCGUUGUGUAAGCCUCUUCGUGAAUGGGUCGACCGGGUCAGGGCGUUCAAUGCCUCCCGCUCCGUUUCUUCCCAUCCGAACCAGCCCAAGCCUCUCCUCACGGAACAACCUUGGGCUGCUCAAUCUGUCGCAGAUGAAUUGCACGGGAAAUUCGUCGAAGCAUGCGAGCGUGAUCUCAGGAUUUCCGUUACCAGGAUGAAGUUAUACCUGGAAGACAAUAGGACGGUGUCGAUCUUGCUAGCACAUCUGGAGGAGGCAAUUGUCGAUGGGUACAUGGCCUACAGGGACACGGUAUGGAAUAUGUAUGCGGGGGCCCUGAAAAGAACCGUUUUCUCAGAGGAGAGCUUAAAACAGAGUUUAACCGUGAUAUGCGACUCCUAGUAUAUAUUGUCGGAGGUUUGCUAUGACAUCCACCCUUCUCUAAGGAUUGAUCGUGUUUUAUAGUGAAGUACCGAGUUAAUGUAGAAAUCAAUGACGGUGAAGAAUGAACUACAGAACUCCUUCACUCGUACCCUUAUUAAAGAACACGGCACCUCCGUCUGUCAAUCGGUAUUGCAGUGCGGUCGAGCGAGAUAGCAGACGGUUUCUAGGUUCGCCUUCGCAAGGUCCUGGGUGAAGG